GGGAUUUUAAUAUUGAUAGUUGUUGGGAGAAAUGGCAUCUCAUUUCUCAUUAUCCUUUUAACUUCCUUUCGCAUUAGAAUUUGUGAAAGCCACCUUCUCCACUAUCCGGCGGAUUUUCUCGGGAAAAUCAGAGAAACGAAGUGAAAUAUUGGCGAUUUUCCCUCCGUUUCUGAAUUGAACUGAAAUUUUUCUCGCUGUUUCUCGUGGAUUUUGAGUCUACGGCGGUGGUUUGUGCAUUUUGUUGUCUGUUUGUUUGCAUAAAGAUCGUCGUUGGAUCUAAUUGGAGAGGUUUUUCUUUUUCGUUUUUUGUUAUUGAUCGUUGCGGACAUGGAGGUACGACCCAAUCCGACGGCCGACAACUCGUCGAUCCCGCAGCAUCAUCUCACCACUUCUCCAUUGAAGCAGCCUGCCGCUUCUUCUAAUCCUAUCGACUCCAACGCUGUUGCGCAGAGGCUGCAAAAGGAAUUGAUGUCACUGAUGAUGAGUGGAGGUGAUCUUGGUGUAUCAGCUUUUCCAGAAGGUGAGAGCAUUUUCACGUGGAUAGGCACAAUUGAGGGUGGGAAAGGAACUGCAUAUGAGGGUUUGUCUUACAAACUCUCUUUAAAUUUUCCUAUGGACUACCCUUUCAAGCCACCCCUUGUCAAGUUUGAGACGCUGUGCUUCCAUCCAAAUGUCGAUCAGUAUGGCAACAUUUGUCUCGACAUUCUCCAGGACAAGUGGUCUUCGGCAUAUGAUUGUAGAACCAUCCUUCUGUCCAUUCAAAGCCUAUUAGGAGAGCCCAACCCAGAGAGUCCUCUCAACAGCUAUGCUGCUGCUCUGUGGAAUAACACGGAAGAUUACAGAAAGAUGGUCCACAAGCAGUAUUUUUCUGGCGCUGUCUUAGAUGGGUGAUUUUGAAAAGCCAAGUAGAGAACAAAGAUUGACAUCAUGUCAUCAGUUGCAACACAAGUUACUGUAAAGCUCCAAGAUAAAAGGUCUCAGACUUCAUAACAUAGAAAGAGAGAGAGAAAUAGAGAGAAAAAGAAAGAUUUACAUUGAAUUGUUUACUGGAUAUCUGUACCAUUUUAUCUGGCCAUGAUUGCUAUAUUGGGAGAAUGAGUUCCACUCACCUGUACGUAAUUGUUGGAUGAUAUUUUACAGAAUAUGAAGCAUCUUCUUGUGCUA